GAAGGUCAACGGGGUGCCUGGUACUGUUCAAAUCGCGAUUUUUGUCUCAUGGGUUCACUUCGAUCCAGAGCAUUUUGGUGACUACUCUUCUGGUUUUUUUGAGCGGUUUGUAAUCCUCUUCCAUCUUAUGAAGUUGGAUUUCAACACCAUUUGAUUUUCACUUUGAAUUUUGGCAUUUGGGAAUCGUAGUCACUGUUCACAGAGCUACUGGGGUCUUUGAAUUGUAUCAAAUUUUUGAUCGAUUUUUGAUAACUACUUGUGAAUUAUUAUUUAUUUCUCUGUGGGGUCUGGCCACUUCCAGGGGCUGGAUUACAGGCUUCCUGCCCAUUAAUAACUUGGCCAGUAAAAUGCUGUUUUUGGGCUGAUUUUGUUGAUCCUUUGCUGCUAAUUCGUGAGUUCAUGAUGUUGGAACAUCUACCCUGGUAUAAUGGUCUUCGUGAAAGUUCCACCUCUCCCUCAACCUCCUGAAGACUCAACUUUGUCAUACCUUACCUCAUUUGCAUGAGGUAGGGACUGAUUUGAACCCUUGACAGUUGUGUUGUGUGGAAGUUGAUGUUGGGGAGGGAGCUAGUAACCUUGUGCCUUGUUUGUGCCUUGGGUAUGACUGCGCCUGCUGGUAGGACUGCAUGGUCAACCUUGCUAUGGACUUUGCUUCAUUAUUGGUGAUUGUGGGUGCUACCUGGACAGUGGCUUUCCUGCAGCCAUUGACCUUGGCAGUAAUGCAAUAUCGUAACUGCAUUCCCCUAGAAUUUGGUUCUAUUUUGUUUGUGAUGGACGGUUGGUCCUUAGCCACUUGUUCUUGGAGCCUUGGGGUCCCCCCUUACUGUGGCUUUCCCUACUGCUUAGGGGAUUCUAAGGGCAACUUCCUGGUCCUUGCUUAUGGAUCAUGCCUGUUUUUGAUGUCCACGGCAUUCGCUUGAGUGGCGCUGUUGAUGAUGGGGUAGUUUUGGUACGCAUGAUGGAGGAUCUCGCUGGUUCUUGUUCUCUUGUUGUGGACAUCCUAGCGAUACUCUUACCCGGUCAGUUGGAGGAUGAUAGCCAAUCAUUUUAUGCCGUCUUGAAUGGUCAGAGCUUUCUCUGGUGAUCUUGGCACUUUGUUGUCUUCCUUGGCGAGGGUGGACGACAUCGUGAACUCAGAACAUAGCCUUCGUCGUCCCAGUUUCACUAGGACAACAGAUAGGGGGGUGAUCGUAGUGUGGAUACAAUGGAGCAUGCCCGGCCAUGGAGCUCUUUGGACUUGCUUUGGACUCGACUGUACAACACUUGGGUAGCACGUCUGGACUCACUUGGUUUGGGUGUAGAGCUUUUUUGGCCUGUAUCUUGGAGCGGGCAAUCAAGCUCUGCCUUUCACUUUGGUCAGUGCACGUUGAAAUUGCGAGGAAGAUGAGGACGAAAAUCAAAAAGUGGAUUACUU